GGAAACAGACCUCAAAUGCAAGAUUCUGUUAUAGCUUUACCCCAUUUUCUGAAAAUACCCAUUGAAAUGCUUAUGAGAGAUCAUGAGGGGAUGAAUCCAAGUCUCACACACAUCCCUUGUCAUUUUUUCGGUGUAUAUGAUGGCCAUGGCGGAUCUCAGGUUGCUGAAUACUGUCGUGAUAGAAUCCACUUUGCUUUGGCUGAAGAAAUUGAGCGCAUUAAAGUUAAGUUAUGCAACAGUGAAUUAAGUGAGAGUAGGCAAGUCCAGUGGAAGAAAGUCUUCACCAAUUGUUUUCUAAGGGUCGUUGAUGAGGUCGCAGGGAAAAUCAGCAGUCGUCCCAGUACUGGUUCGUCUGAUAAUGUUCUUGAGGCUGUUGUCCCUGAGUCCAUCGGAUCCACUGCCGUAGUAGCAUUGGUUUGCUCAUCACAUAUAAUUGUUUCCAACUGUGGUAAUUCAAGAGUGGUUUUAUUGCGAGGCAAAGAAUCUAUGCAUUUAUCAGUUGACCACAGACCAGAGAGAGAGGACGAGUAUGCAAGAAUAGAGAAAACUGGAGGAAAAGUUGUACAAUGGCAAGGCGCCAGAUCAAGUUUUGGCGUUCUCAACACGUCGAGGUCCAUUGGUGAUGAAUAUCUGGAGCCAUAUGUAAGACCAGAUCCCGAGGUGAUGUUUAUGCCACGAGCUAGAGAGGACGAGUGUCUAAUAUUGGCCAGUGAUGGACUUUGGGAUGUAAUGAGUAACCAAGAAGCUUGCGAUUUUGCGAGGAAGCGGAUCUUGGCUUGGCACAAGAAGAAUGGAGCACUGCCUUUAGCUGAGAGAGGUGUAGGGGAAGACCACGCUUGUCAAGCUGCGGCUGAUUAUCUCUCCAAACUCGCUUUACAAAAGAGAAGCAAAGACAAUGUCUCGAUCAUAGUCGUCGACUUGAAAUUCCACAGAAAGUUCAAGACCAAAUCUUGA